UUAGUUUGUUGUGCAGUGCGCAUCUGGACGUUGCCAUCACUAGCGGCUAAACGUGGAGCUAGCUGGCAAGUCGUCAGAUUUAGCGGUGGAUUAUUCAGUUAUUGGGUCAUUAAACUUCUUUCUGAGACUUCUAUCGCACUUUUGAGAUGUCGCUGAGCAGCAAACGCGUUUAGUUGUGUCGCGGUGACGUGACAUUUACUCACACCAGAGACUGGAGCUAUUCCUUUAGCAGUCUGAAGUCUUGAGAAGCUGUAGAGGAGCGGUGGGGCUGCUGAAACGGUACCGAGUUAGCACCAGAGCUAGCCAGUAGGAGGCUAACCGGUAAAAUUGACACUUUUAGUUGAUAAACCUUCGUCCGUGAGCGUUGCUACACACAGCGGUAGUUUGUAGCUGCUAGCCUCGGAAAGAAACCAAGGACUUAGCAGCGCCUCGAAGCAAACAAAGAUUUUAAGCUAGCAGGACUUUUAAAAAGCUGCUGGGUUUGGUCUGUUCCGGUGGGAGUCUGGUAAACUGGAGCUGUCAUCGGCAUAUUUAGCGUUUUUAACAGCAGGCUGCUGGGCCUGACAGCUGAGAUGUCUGAGGGAGAGAGCAAGCAGGCCCCGGACAGCGGUCAGGAGGCGAAGCCGGAGUCCGCCGCGGCUGCACCCGCAGUGUCGUCCGUGUCUCCCCCGGUUUCCACGGUGAGCCAGCCUCCUGCCACGAUAGCCACGGAGGAUGACGAAGAGGAGAGCGAGGAUGAGUCCGAGAUUUUAGAGGAAAGUCCGUGUGGACGCUGGCAGAAACGGAGAGAAGAGGUGAAUCAGCGCAACGUGCCUGGGAUCGAUAAUGCUUACUUAGCCAUGGACACGGAGGAGGGAGUGGAGGUGGUGUGGAAUGAGGUCAUGUUCUCCGAGAGGAAGAACUUCAAACUACAGGAGGAAAAAGUGAAAGCUGUGUUCGACAACUUAAUCCAGCUGGAACAUUUGAACAUCGUGAAGUUCCACAAGUACUGGGCAGAUGUCAAAGAAAACCGAGCCAGGGUCAUCUUCAUCACGGAGUACAUGUCUUCUGGAAGCCUCAAACAGUUUCUUAAAAAAACAAAGAAAAACCACAAAACCAUGAAUGAAAAGGCGUGGAAACGCUGGUGCACACAGAUCCUGUCUGCUCUCAGUUACUUGCACUCCUGUGAGCCUCCCAUCAUCCACGGCAACCUCACCUGUGACACCAUCUUCAUCCAGCACAACGGCCUCAUCAAGAUCGGCUCAGUUGCUCCCGACACCAUCAAUAAUCACGUGAAAACCUGUCGGGAAGAGCAGAAGUGUCUUCACUUUUUUGCUCCAGAAUAUGGAGCUGUUGCCAACGUCACCACUGCCGUGGAUAUUUAUUCCUUUGGAAUGUGCGCCUUAGAGAUGGCUGUGUUGGAAAUCCAGAGUAACGGAGAUUCAUCCUACGUGUCCCAGGAAGCCAUAAACAGUGCCAUCCAGUCCCUAGAAGACCCUUUGCAACGGGAAUUCAUCCAGAAGUGUCUGGAGGUGGAUCCCAGCAAGCGUCCCACAGCCAAGGAGCUGCUGUUUCACCCGGCGCUGUUCGAGGUGCCCUUACUCAAGCUGCUGGCUGCACACUGCAUCGUCAGCCACCAGCACAUGAUUCCAGAAAACGCUUUAGAGGAGAUGACUAAGAACAUGGACCCUAAUUUGGUCAUUGUCGAGGCCAAGGAGGGGGUCCAGAUGAAGCUGUCCCAGUUCCCUGCUCUGGAGCUGGACAAGUUUCUGGAAGAUGUGAGGAACGGGAUCUAUCCUCUGACGGCGUUCGGGAUGCCCCGCCCACAACAACCUCAGCAGGAGGCUGUGAAGUCGCCCGUCGUCCCCCCCUCGGUGAAAACUCCGACUCCUGAACCUGCUGAGCUCGAGACGAGGAAGGUUCUGCAGAUGCAGUGUAACAUCGAGCCUGUCGACGAGGGCUCAAAGCACCACCUGACGUUGUUGUUGAAGCUUGAGGAUAAACUGAACAGACACUUGAGCUGUGAUUUGUUACCAAACGAGAAUGUGCAGGCGCUGGUGGUGGAGCUCGUGCAGCUGGGAUUUAUUAGUGAAGGCGAUCAGAAUCGUCUGGCGUCCGUUCUCGAAGAGGCCUUCUCCAGGUUCUACAACCGGAACGGUUCCCUCAACCCGGUGACGGUUUCCUCCUAGCCGAGGACUCGCCGGGCCUUCUGUCAGCCCGCCUCCCCCUCUACAGCAGGACUAGCUCUUUUGCUCCAUGUCUGAGUCGCGGGAAAGCUUUGCAGGACAGAGGAGGAAGCUUCGGUCUGAUUACAGAUCAGCAGCGUCUUCAAGUAACUUCUGAUGGGAAAGGCUGCCACUGAGUGGCUGUCGCUUUCUCUCCUUUUUCUUUUUUCUCACACAGCCAUCUGCUUCUCUUUUAAAAGAGGAAAUUCUAGUUGCAACUUCAUGGAAAAUACAAGUGUUUAGACUGUUUGGCUUGUUUCUUUCAUCUCUUCUGCUGUGGAAGAAGAAAGCAAAGCCAAACAGGUGGUGUUGGUAUUUUCCUCAUGUCAGUGUUGAAGUUGUAUUUUAAACCUUUUUACUUAAAACGUGUCCGAUAGAGUCGUGUCUCUGCCUGUCGUCCCAACAGAAUGAAGUGUGUGUGUUACGGUGUUGUGUGGUUACGACUGGGUCUUUUUAACGUUCUCCUGAGCAGCGAGGGAGGCGUCUUCUGACCUUGGAUCUGUUUAGGAAGCAAAGAAAACAACCAGUAUCAGUUUUCCUUUAAAUUCUCUUAAUUUUGAGAAACUCACAAAAUACUCAGUUGCGUCACGAUCUGAUGAGCUUAAAAAUAUUUAAAAGUUAUUUAUUUGUCCAACAUGCUUCACUUCCAGCACCAAAGCUGGUCAUUGAUUGUAUGCUUUUUACUCGCUGUUACUUUCCAUAAAAUACAAACCUGUGGUCCAAUUGCUGUGAGUAGAAGAUAGCAGCACGUCAGUCAGCGCCCGCUCUGAAACCUUUCACUGCUGUCAUUUUUACGCUCGGGAUGUUGGUUCGACGGAUGUUUGUCUUUCUGUGGAUGAUCAUCAACCGGGUUUGAUGAUCUCGUGCAUCCUGUGUCUAAAUGGAAACCUGUGCAUGGAAUAAACUGGCUUCUGGA